AUGGCUUCCAACCACCAUAACCACCGUCCUCACCGCCUCUCUCUUCCGCCGCGAACCUCCACUCCAACUACCCCAAUCACCCCCUCCCGCCACUACCCGCCGUUCACUCCAACUCCAACCCCAUCCAAACACCGUCUAACGUCGUUCUCCGCCACAAAAUCCAAAAAAAUCUCUCCGUCUUCCCUCUUCCUCCUCCUCUUCUCUCUCCGAUCUCUCUACUCUCUCCUCCCAUUCCUCCAAUCAUCGCCGUCGUCGUUCUCCGUCUUCCCGUUCUCGUUCCUUGUAUCUCUCUUAUCGUUCCUUUUAUCUCUCUCCUUCUCUCUCUUCAAACAAACCGUAAAACCUAAAUCCAUCUUCGCGUUUCAUCGUUCAAUCACCAAAUUCCAGCAAAGGAUUCUCUUCGCCAAAUCGGUUCUUCUAGCAAUUGUCUUCCUCCUCCGUUUCCAAGCUCUCCGGUACUGCGGCACCGCCGCCAUGAUCCUGGCGGAAAUGUCCGGUUACGUGGCCUCUCAUUUCGUCGCCGGACGAAAUCGAAGCUUGAUUCAUCUAGAUCGCGUUGGUGCCAACAAGGUUCGUGGAUUUUUCGCACUGUUUAUUGGAGUAUUUCUGUUAUCUAUUAGUUGGGAUCGAAUUGAAUGCUUUCCAUUCUCUUUCGUCAACCUCAGUAAACUAGGGUUUUCAUCUGUUCUUAUUCCCAAUAGUGAGAAAUGCGUUAGGGUGUGGCCAAUGCUGCUUCCUUUUCUUUCAGGGUUUUUGGGUGGUUAUGAACAAGGGUCCGUAAAUUGGGGAACACUUAGGGAUUUAGGUCGAAAAGAGGUUCGAUUAAUUGCAUUGUUUUACACUACAAUCUUGCUGUUUAUUCCUGCUGCCAUUAGUAUGCUGGUCUUUGAAGCAGAAGGAGAUAGUGUUUCAAUUGGGAGCCUAGGGUGGCCAUUGGCAAACACAGUAGUUUUCGGGGUGCUUUUGAGUGAAAACUACACCGAUGAGAGACUGAUAAGCUCGAAAGAUUUCCGAAAAGAGUUUCUUGUGACAUUUGUAUGCACGAUUAUACUCGAAUUGCUCUAUUAUCCAGAGCUUUCGCUAUGGGGACUACUGAUUUGUGGUAUGUUGCUUGGAGUUGGUGUGAUGGAAUUAGAUCCAAUUCACUCGAAUUCUAUGGAAUUAGGGUUAGAAUCCCCAGAUACGUUUUUAGCCUCAAUCACAAAGAUCAUUCGUCACAUUGUGAGCGAAAGGAAGUCAAGAAAGAUUGCGGUUUUUCUCUUGAUUAACACAGGUUAUAUGGUGGUGGAAUUUGUUGCGGGUUUUAUGAACAAUAGUCUUGGAUUGAUAUCUGAUGCCUGCCAUAUGUUGUUUGAUUGUGCCGCACUUGCAAUCGGUCUUUAUGCUUCAUAUAUUGCUAGAUUACCGGCAAAUGAUAAGUAUACUUACGGGCGUGGGAGAUUUGAGGUUUUAUCUGGUUAUACGAAUGCGGUUUUUCUUGUUUUGGUUGGAGCGUUGAUAGUGUUGGAGUCCUUGGAAAGAAUUUUGGAGCCUCAGGAGAUUUCGACUUCUAGUUUGUUGACGGUUUCGAUUGGUGGGCUUGCAGUUAAUGUGGUGGGGUUGAUCUUCUUUCACGAUGAGCACCAUCAUGCCCAUGGUGGCGGUGCAUCAUGUUCACACUCGCAUUCUCAUCAUCAUUCACAUGUGCAUAGUGGACAUGAUCAUGAUCAUGAUCACCACGACCAUGAUCACCAUGGCCAUUACCAUGAUCAUGUUCCCACUAGCUCAAUUGGUGUUCCUGGAGAAGAUAAACAAAAGCACCAUGACCAUCAACAUGACCACCACCAUGAUAAUCACAAUGACCAUGGCCAGCAUCAGGAUCACCAUGAUCAUGGACAGCAUCAGGAUCACCAUGACCAUGGCCAGCAUCAUGAUCAUCAUGACCAUGGCCAUCGCCAGGAUGACCACGACCAUGGCCAUCAUCAUGAUAAACAAAAACACCAUCACCAUCACAUCGAUCACAACAUGGAAGGCAUUUUCUUGCACGUUCUAGCCGACACCUUAGGAAGUGUCGGUGUCGUCGUUUCAACGCUUCUCAUCCAAUACAAAGGAUGGCUCAUCGCCGACCCUGCUUGCUCCAUCUUCAUAUCCGUAUUAAUCGUCUCUUCCGUGAUUCCAUUGCUAAGAAACUCCGCGGAAGUUUUAUUGCAACGAGUUCCUAGAGCUCAUGAGCACGACCUAAAAGCAGCAGUAAGUAGUAUCAUGAAGAUAAAGGGUAUAUCCGGCAUUCAAAACUUUCACGUAUGGAGUCUUGCUAACAAUGAUAUCAUUGGUACCCUUCGCAUGUACAUCUCUUCGGGAACAGACAAGAUUUCUACAAAGAAACAGGUUUCAGACAUUUUACACGAUGCGGGCAUCAAGGAUUUGACAUUACAGGUGGAAUAUGUUGUCGGUAGUUGAAGGAAAAGGUAUGCCCGUUUCAAGAAAUCUUGAACGGGCUCCAAGAUUUGAACUUUUUGGAACGAGCAAACGACAAUAUAACUAUAGAGAGUCUGCCAGUUUCGGACCAGCAUGUUUUCUUGAAAUACUUCUUGAUGACGAUUUUCUUGAUGGGUUUGAAAGGAAACAAGGCGGACAGAGAUACAAACGUGUAUGGUUGAACCGAGCAUUUUGAUUCAGAUGCAUACACAUUUCUUUCUAACUGUAAGUUAUACGGUCUUAAUGCUAUAUUGAAUUGGUGGCGGCGGCAAGAGGUGGUGGCUGAAAGCGGAAACAGGUAUAUAUUGAAACCGAGCCGCCUGCAUCGCGGUAGUGAUGUGUGAUUUCUUACUACUAAAGGUGUAAACAAGUUUAAUGGAUUUUGGCAAAACUAGAGGUGCAUUUUCUUGGUUGUUUUACAGUUUUAACAAUAUACAGUUAAUGUGAUGACAAUUAGGGGGGUUUGGUUCAUCGGUUGAUCAAAUUCACGAUCUUGCUCGGAAUACUCCUUUGACGUAUUUCGUGAACCGAAACGGCCCGUAACGAUUAUAUGUACCAAUUGGAUGGGAAGUGAUGGUAGAUUUUAUGGGCACAAAGUUGGUUUAUGUUGUAGAACUUCAAUAGAAAUGGCACUCUUUUUUUUUUAAUGUAUAGAAAGUCAUCCCGUCUAACCAAAGCCGACCGAUCCAAUUAGAACCGACAGACUAUAUUUGGAUUGGAUCAAAUCUAAAAUUCCAACAUUCAAAUGGGAUCGGUCGGUUCUUAAAUAGCAGUUCAUAUUCAAUGAAACCAAACCG